AUGGCUGUCCCACCGCCCUCAGAAACACAGAAGGCUAUCGAAUUGAAGAACAAAAGAAAGCGACCAGCGCCCAAGGAGGUACCACCAUUGUCCGCGGAUUCGGCUACACAGUAUGUUCGAGAGGUUGCCGGUCGAUAUGGAAAGAAUGGAACGGUUGCGCGGUCCGUUCGAAGGUGCACCCAAGAAUCGAUGAGCGACGAGUCGAUUAAGGAACGAUUGGAAAAGUGUGAUGAUUGUGACGUGACAACGAUGCUAUGUUUGCAGCCGCUCUGCGGGCGUACUUUUGGAAGUCUGCAGGUGCUUGCCUUCCAUAUGUCAUACUCGCAUCAAGCCAACCGUCGUGGGCACGACCCGGGCCUUUGCCUGGUUUGCGGCCAAAAUAUCGGAAGCCCAUACUCCCGCAGAACCCAUCUGAUCCGGAAACACGCAGCUUUCGCCACCAGUCACAACACACAAUGCGUGGAGCAAAGAAGUACGGUCAUUGCGCCGGAUGCUCCGGCCGCGAAAAGAAUCAUCAACCAGCGCACACGCUUCCAGGCGCCGGUUUAUCAACCAAUAUGGAAAACAGAGUCCUCAAAGCAACCCAGCAGAUGCUCCUCCAGUCAAGCUCCUCUCCCAAAAGCCCCUCAGCCAGCGCUACAAUACGUUAGAAACCUAUUCCAAGGGCAAAACUAUGAACUCCCACCAUUACCCCGCAUCUUGCAAUCCACCCUCCUCACUAAGAAAUACCUCGAAGAGCAAAACGCUUACAUUAGGAGCCUCUUGUACGAAAAUUGGCUCGCCAACCAGGACGUGAAGGAACAGGCCGAUGAUGCCCCUCAUGAGCCAUCCUCCACUCGGCCACUUCCGGUUCAGCCGGAAAAUCAAAACGCUUGGGGCCUAAAAGUACGUUCUCCAGUUGUUCCGCCGGAGUUUCAGAUAAAGAAGUUGCCGAACGGGGUGGAUCCGACGAAGCAACAAGUGGAUCGCUCGGGCCUCUCUUUUCGGGAGAUGCGGGAAGCCCUGAAAUCUGUGGAGGAAAAGCCGAAACCGCCACCGAAAAUGUAUUCGGGACAUGAGUACACACAUUCCCAUCCUCGGCUGCCACCAGCCGACGCGUAUUUUAAGAAAAUGCCGAAAGUCGAGCGUACCGUACCCGAAGCAUCGGUACCAGCCGCCAGCGCCGAGACCGCUUCGAGAUGUAUGAAGCGUAGCCAGGAAGCCCCGUUUUUCUCGACCGUUCUAAUCCUCCUUGUAUUUUUCGGCCAAUCCAGGGGUCUCACGGCAGCUGGGCUAAGCCGGCUAAGAAGCAGGUCAAUCUGGCAUUCAUCCGUUCUCACUUGGACCCUGCGAGAUCCACAGGGAUUAAUCAAAUCACCGGCCCAUUCUUUGGCGGUCAGGAGAGCGAUAAAAUCUGCAUUGACAGAAUGGGCAUUAGCUCUGAAAGGUCGGAUGGUAUUUGUGGAAAUUACGGAAGAGGAGAAUGAGAAGUUUGGGUUGUUGCCAAAUGACUACAGUAAACCCUGGUGGAUUGAUAUUGAAUUCACGUUUGCUAGAGGGAAUCAUGGAGAUGGUGAAGCCUUUGAUGGUCCAGGCGGAACCGUUGCUCAUUCGGGGUAUCCUCCAUCUUGGACGAUGUUGAGGAGUAAUGAUGAUCGACUACAUUUGCCUACAGUGUUACUCCAUGAAAUUGGCCAUGUUCUUGGGCUUCAUCAUCUCAGAAAAUCGAAUUCGAUUAUGAAUAUUUAUUACAGAAAACUUGGACAUCCCAAUCUCGGACCUUCAGAUCGAAAGGCUAUCCGUCGUCUCUACCACAGAUCUCUACUUGCCAGGGCACGCUUUAGAAAGAAUAAAUUUAUUUUA